AGGAGUGUUUCUGAUCAUCACUGUUUCGGAUAAAGAGCGCGAUGGAUUUGAUAGAUCGAGAAAUCAAGCUGUUGUAAACAAAGACGACAGUGUCGGAUAUGUACACAAACAAAAGCAGAGCUCCGGUUUAAGGUGGAAUCGAGAAUUCGAGCAGAUCGUGAGAUUGUGCACUUGUCAUAACACAACAAUGUCGGGACUGUGGUGCUGAUCGAUCGCGGCUAUCAUGAAAGACGAGAGGAUUUAUUUGCAAAGGCAGCACAUGGAAUACGAAAGUGAGUUUCAACUUUCCAGCUGCCCGGUUGAAGAGGAGAAGGGGACGGAAAGAGGAAUCCAGUGGAGCAAAACCGAUCCCUGUUUGUCCCGACAAUAAUCGCCGAGUGCAGGGAGAUGGAGACCGUGGGCAAAUUCGAGUUCAGCAGGAAGGAUCUCAUCGGUCAUGGGGCAUUCGCAGUGGUGUUCAAAGGCAGGCAUCGAGAGAAGCAUGAUUGGGAAGUUGCUGUUAAAUGCAUCAAUAAGAAAAAUCUGGCAAAAUCUCAGACCCUCUUAGGGAAGGAGAUUAAAAUAUUAAAGGAACUAAAACAUGAAAAUAUCGUGGCAUUACAUGACUUUCAGGAAACUGCAAGCUCUGUGUUUCUGGUGAUGGAGUACUGUAACGGGGGCGACCUGGCCGACUACCUUCACUCUAAGGGUACACUGAGUGAAGACACCAUCCGUGUGUUUCUGCAGCAGAUUGCAGGUGCUAUGAGAGUCCUGCAGGCCAAGGGCAUCAUCCACAGAGACCUGAAACCACAGAACAUCCUGCUCUCUCACCCAGCUGGCCGCAAGUCCCACUCCAACAACACCUGCAUCAAGAUAGCUGACUUUGGCUUUGCACGGCACCUACAAAACAACAUGAUGGCUGCCACCCUCUGCGGCUCCCCCAUGUAUAUGGCUCCAGAGGUCAUUAUGUCCCAGAAUUAUGAUGCCAAGGCUGACCUGUGGAGCAUAGGAACCAUUGUGUUUCAGUGUCUGACCGGGAAGGCCCCAUUCCAGGCAAGCAGUCCUCAGGAUCUCCGCUUAUUUUACGAGAAAAAUAAAAAUCUCAGCCCAAACAUUCCCAGAGAGACGUCCAGCCACCUGAGGCACCUGCUGCUGGGUCUGCUGCAGAGGAACCACAAGGACCGCAUGGACUUUGAUGAGUUCUUCAAACAUCCAUUCCUAGAGGCCAGCUCCACUAUGAAGAAAUCAGCAGCACCAGUGACCCUGACGUGCUUUCCUAGUUCAGGUUCAGCGAGUUCAUGUAGCAGCUCCUCCACAUCACACCUAGCUUCUCCUCCUCAAUCUCUUGGUGAGAUCCAGCAAACUCGAGCCAAAGCUUUGGCCUCCCCUACCCAGGAUUCUCCCGGCUUCCCGCUGAAGGAUUCAGCCGGCGGAGGAGGCAGCAGUAAAAACUCCUCCUGCGACACGGACGACUUUGUCAUGGUUCCGGCUCAUUUCCCCGGUGAGCUGGCGUGUGAAAUGCCCUCAGGGAAGAUGCUUCAGGAUAGUCUGAUGUAUAGCGGAAGUUCUCUCUUGGCGUCUGGAAGCCAGGCCAAUCAAACCAAAAAUCCACCGUGCUCGCCCUCCUACAGCAGCUCUCCAGCACCAGCAGGGUCAACCGAGCCCUCUGUGAGUAGCCAAGGCAACUACAGACAAUCAGUGCCCAUUCCAGUGCCCACCCAGAUUCACAACUACCAGCGCAUGGAGCAGAAUCUGCACUGUCCCAGUCAGGACAGUUCCCCACGGUCCGCUCCAGUGCGAAGAUGCAGCAGUAGUAGUCCACUCGGCUACGGCAGAACGGGUCCGUCCCCCCCUCAUGUUUCAUCCAUCGCUACACGCAGACUCUCCGUAGGGGGUAACAAACCGUUUCAACUCUCCCCACAAGCCCCUCAGACCCCUGAGGCCAAGCCCAAGCCGGGACAGCACGGGCUCGGCUCACGCCUCCACAGCGCCCCCUGUCUGCUGGAGGCCACAGGCGGGUGCAGGCAGACCAUCAGGAAGCAGCAUUCUGACCCUGCGGUGGUCCCUCAGGGAGGCGCAGUAGCCCUGCGACCCCUGCAUUCCUCUCCACGACUCAGCGAGCUGAUGCAGCGGAAUCCGCUCCCCACAAUCCUGGGAUCUCCAUCUAGAGUUUUUUCCCAGGCUUUCGAAUUUCCCAGGCCUCCCAGCUCGCCAAACAUGGUGACCUUUCUGACCCAGCAGGGCCUGGUUUUCCCGUCGUCUCCCGGCCGGCCGUGUCAAGCAGAGACUUGCGUGCCUGGUGCCUUCCAGCCUGAAGAAAGCAAAACUUUUGGAAGGUCUCAGAGUGCCGGUCGUCUGUCGGACAUGCUGCUGAUGGCAGCGUUUGUGGGACCAAAGGGAGACCGAGGAAGCUCAGAGAACCUCAGCGGUGACAGAGCGAUAGACAUAGCAGGCUCUCCUGGUGCAAAUGUGGUGGUGGGUUCAGGCAGUCCAGCUCGUGUGGUGUUUACCGUGGGCUCACCGCCUAGUGGAGGAACUCCACCGCAGACCUCUCGAUCUAGGAAGUUCUCAGCAUGCUCCUCAAGCUCUAUCAGUCCUGUUGGGUCGUUGACCAGUCGCUACCCUCAGACAGGCAUGUGGUCUGAUGGUUUUGAGUGUGCUUCCAGUCCUCGCUAUAGUCUUACUGACCACAUAUCAGCCAAUCUAGAGGGAGCUGUGACCUUCGAGGCCCCUGAACUCCCAGAGGAAACAUUAAUGGAGCAGGAGCACACAGAGAUUCUGCGCCGGCUCCGAUUCACGCUGGACUUUGCCCGCUGUAUGGUAGAGGUGGCAGCAGCGAGGGGGGGUGAGACCGAGCUUGCCGAACAGCUUUCUACAUGCCUACAGCAGCAGCAAAGCGUCGUGGCUGACCAGAUCAGCUCUCUAAGUCGCGAGUGGAGCCAUGCUGAGCAGUUGGUGCUCUACAUGAAGACCGCUGAGCUCCUGUCAGCUGCAAUACACACAGCCAUGGAGGGCAUCAAACAGGGCAAACUGUACACCUCCACCACCGUCAAACAAGUGGUAAAGAGGCUAAACGACCUGUACAAGUCGAGCGUGAUGUCCUGCCGGUCUCUGAGCGCUCGCCUUGAGCGCUUCUUCUCCCAUAAGCACCGCCUGAUGGACCACAUUAACAGCAUCACGGCAGAGAGACUCAUCUUUAGCCACACCGUCCAGAUGGUCCAGGCUGCAGCUUUGGAUGAGAUGUUCCACCAGAGUGAGGCGUCUGUGCAGCGCUACCAUAAAGCCUUGUUGCUGAUGGAGGGUUUAUCACUGCUGCUCAUUGAGCAGACCGACAUCCUCAGUGUGAGCAAAUGUAAGCAGUGUAUCGAGCGUCGACUCGCAGCUCUGCAGUCGGGCCUCUGUGUGUAGAGACUCUGGGAUGUUCUGCACUGCAACCAGCGCGACCAAGUUAGCUCCAUGCCUCUCCUACAUUCCCAGCUCUCUCAACCUUUAUACCAAGUCCUUUGCUUCUUCACUUGCAGGAGAAUGAAGAACAUAACAGUACAACUUGAUCACGGUGGACUGAACGCAGCCACACCGGCACUUUAGUGUAUGCCCAAAUCAGCCACUUCCAAUCAGCAUACACAGAUCAGAGAAUCCAAGCAUUUAUCUCAGAUCUAUUCAAUGUGCUGCAGCCGAGGUCACACACAUCAGGCAUGUUGCUCUGCUCAUUCCUUUAUGUUCCUGCUGCAGGUGGAUUUCCUAUUAACCUCUUUAUUUUGGCAUAUUUGCUUUAUUAAUGGGAUGGUGCAAUCACAGGUGGUGGACGGGUUUCUUCUUGCAUUCUAAGCAGCUGGAUUUGUAAUUAUAUGUCCACAGAUAAAUAGGCUCAGUGUUUUUUAAGUUGAUUUGACCAAACAAAAACAAAGAACCACAAAAAUUAUAUAAAAAAACAGGAGGACCUUCAUAAUUUCUCCCUGUGUUUAAUUUUCCAGUUUGAGGAACGCAAACCAGUGUCACUGAAUAAACAUUAGAAAAAUUCUGAGACUUCAAAAUGAUUACUAAUCCUUUUUGGUUUCUUUAUUUCCAGUAAGGCAGUGUGUAGCACUUUAGUGAAUGUUGACCAAGCUCAGAGACGUCCACUUCCAUUUUCAUAUGUCCCGAAAGCCCCUUUCACACCUAAAACCGUGACGUUAACAGGUUAUCCCUUUCUUAAAUGCUCUUAAAGGUUUACAUUAACAAAUAAACAAUGAAAUGAUAAUUGACCAGGAUGUACCUGUUUACAUAUUUUUCCAUGACUAAGCACUGGACUUGUCAGUGCGCUCUCAGUGCUGGUUCCAAGUCCCGGUACAAUAAGGAGGAUUGUGUCAGGAAGGGCAUCCGGAAGAAAGACUGUGCCGAAUGUGGUAUACGGACCAGAACGAUCUGCUGUUGUGACCCCCUAAAUACGGGAGCAGCCAAAAUUUGGAAGAAAGGUUGUGUCUCAAAUCGACUGCUUAUAAUUAAGUUCAUUUAUGCCGAUUUCAUUUCAAGCAACACAUGGUUAUAAAGUAAAAAAUAUAAAAAUGAUCCAGAGGUUCUCCGAGGUUCUCAAGCUGCAGCCCAAUGACUCCAGCCUGGAGGCCUUUUGUUUGAUAGAAAGUGGCUAUUGGAACAGCUCAAUGUAGCUGAACUGAUUUAAAAAAGGGUUAAACCCCAAAGAAAUUUGUUGUAAAAGUUUGCUGUCCAAGUCUUCUGCCUAAUAAAUUUCCACGUAAGUGCAUAUGUUAAGGGGACUGGAAGAUCUGUGGACAUCUCUGAUCACUUUUAAUUAUUUUAUUUUAUUAUUAAUAUAUCUUUUUGGCGAUUAGUUUGGCAAUCACAUACGUAUAUGGAUGUUCAUCUUUUUUUUUUAAGAGUGUGUAUGAAUGCAGUGCUGUCUGGCUACAAAUACACACCUUAAGGUGAAACUACGAGUGGUGGUUUGGAUUUUAUUUCAGUUUUAGCUAUCUGUACUGGGAAACCAAGUGCAUAACGACCCUUACGAUGUGCAGCAGGUCCUGCGUCGUAAGGUGAUCUUUAGUUUCUGUAGUUUCCCUCAUGUCUGUCGAGCUUAAGAAUUCCUUCGGAUAACUACAUUCGUUAAAUAUUGUGUGUUGUUUUUUUUUCUUUCUUUUAUGAUUGUUUUUUAUGGCGAAUGUGGCCUUUGAAGUUUUUUUUAACGUUUAUAAGCUUCUACAUGUUGUGUCUGGUUUUACUGUUUGUUUUUGCAGUGCUUUUAAUUCUAAGCUUUAUUAUCGUGUGCUGAGUAGAUAUAUUCGUCUCGUUAUAGGUUGAAGCUAUUUAAAACAAAAACGUGCCUUUGAAGAAGAAAAAAAACUGAAAAGCAAAACACUGAAAAAAGUUUUGUUUAUGUGUGUGUUUUUGUUUUUUCAUUUUCUUUUAAUGUUCAGGUUGUUUAUUGUUUGAUUAUAGAUGUGUGGAUUGAUGCUCGUGUUUUGAUGUUUAAUCAUAUUUGAAUGAGUGGAGAUGAAUAGCGGAUGUGGUUUGCUAUGCUGUGUGUGUACUGUGUGUGUUUGACUUGCAUGUGGAUUGUGUGGUUAGGAAAUGUCAGUUUGAUUCAUUUCAGAAGUAAUUUUUAUUAUUAUUAUUAUUAUUAUUAUUAUUAUUAUUAAAUGUGUUAUGAUGAAUGACUAAAAGUGGCCAGUUACAGUAUGGAAUGGACUUAUCUGUGGCAUGUAUUAAUAUUUUGACCUUUCGCUUAAAGCUGCAGUACGUCACCUGAGAUUUUGAAUUUUGGAGACCUCUCUAGUAGAAAGACGUUGUUACAGCAGACUUGCAUGGAAUAUCUACAUGUUCCAACGUGCAGGUUAAUACGCAGUUAGGAAUGAUUUCUAUAGUCCGGGCUGUGUUAGGCCUUCAGAAAAGCCGCAGUCUUGGGAGACAACAUAAGCCGUAGCAAUAGCAUGAAAAAUACUAGCAGUUAAAAGAUAGAUCAGUAAAUCUGUAGUAAAAUUUGAACUCUUGAGCCAAAAAUUUAUCUACGAAUUAUCAGGACUUAUUCAAGACCCAGUGAUUGGUCUUAAACUUAAAAAUCCAGCAUUUAAUUGGAUUACUGUUGAGCACAUUUGCUGUGACUACUUAAUUUAAUUUGAAAGUUGAUUUACUAGAGGGUCCUACACUACAUAUCCAAAUGUAUGUGGACACCUGACCAUGAGAUUUUAGGCAUUUAUAUUAGUGUUUAUCCUACAACUUGUGUUAUUGAUUGAUAUACCAGUCAGCAAUGGGUGUGGUUAAAACACUAAACUUAUUAGAAGGAGAAGUGUCCGCAUGCUUCUGACAAUAUAUUGUAGGGCCAUUUGCUCUGAAUUUGUCAUUUCAGAUUUACUUUGGCCUAUUAUUUCUGACAUCUGAAUUAAUAUAUUAGACUUUUAAGCCUGACAUUACUUUACUGACUUCCAAAAUCAUCUUUAAAAGUUACAUACUGCAGCUUUAAGUGGGUCAUUUUGAACUUUCCAGCAUUGCCUGGUUUUACGCCCUACAAAAACAACAUGUAGACAUUGGGCUGACUUUGAUAUAUAUUUUUUCAGCCUUUGUAAUAUUUUUAUUUAGUAAACGUUCACUUUCUGCUAAUGCUAAUCAGUUAAGAUGCAUAUUGAAUGUUGUAUUCACAUCAGUCGCUCUUGUAUCCUAAUCGUCUCUGAUGCUGAAAAUCCAGAGCGACACUAAACUCACCGAUUCUCUGUAUGCUCAGCUCAACUGUGGAAGGUUUGCUUCUGUACAUAGCAGACAGGUGAUGUUUUACCCUGAGUACCUGAUCUCUGAGUACCACUUGUAUAUAAAGAUUUUAAAUUAAGUUAUUGUGCUGAACUUGUAUAUUUAAAUGCUGUCAUGAAGACAUGCUGUACUUUUCUGUUACCCCACCAAGGAAAAUGCUAAUUCUCCCAUUUUCACUUUACUAUUGUCCACUCUGUAAUAACUUAAGGAAAUGUACACCGUUUCACUGACCAUAUACCAGUGAAAACUUUUCUUUAAAGGGUACAAAACAAAUAAAAAAAAAUAUUUAAAA